AUGAGUCCAUCAACGAAAGAUCGAACAUCCGUGGAAGACAACUCCUGCAGGCUUCAGGAGAUACGUACGGUUACAGAGCCCAAAGUCACCAUCAUUGCCAUCCAUGGCCUCGAGACAUCAUCCGCCGGCACCUGGGUAUACAAGCACAAACGUGUCCGGACCUCAAAUCACAGCGGGGAUACACCAGGACAGCCAACGAAGGCUGCAGAAGAAACAAAUUGGCUUAAAGACCCCAACAUGUUGCCACUAGAUGUGCCAACGGCACAAAUCUACACGUAUGACUGGCCAGGCAAUUUCCUCAGCGGGAGCAUAGAUGAACCCCUCAAAGGACACGCGACUACCUUCUUGGCUGACCUUGGAGCUGAAUUGCGCAGGCAGCCGAAGAGGCCAAUCAUUUUCAUCGCCUCGUGUUUCGGUGGCCUGCUGCUGGCCAAGGCCCUUGUCAUGGAAUACCAGGACCGCGAUCGGCGCGGCGAUAUUCUCAGUCAAACAGUGGGCAUUGUCUUCCUUGCAACCCCGUUCAGAGGCACUGCUGCGGCCGCACUGGCCAAGUGGGCAGCGGUUGGCGCGAGGCUCAUAGGCAAAGAAUCCUCUCAGUCACUUGUUACUAUGCUAUGGAGAACAAAGAAACAGCUAAAAGAAUUGAUAGACGACUUUGAGGAAGUAAUGGCGCACCCGAUGCCAAUGCCCCUGCGCUGUUACUACGAACAGCAGAAAACACAGAUGGUACGGCGGCUUCGCCCAAGGAUACUGGGCAGAGCACUUGCUCCCCUUUCCCCCAAGAUCAUGCUGGUCGAUCAAAAUUCCGCUUCGUUGAGCGGCGCUCGUUAUAAGCAAGGACGGAACGUGCCACACGUUCUGAUGAACAAGUUUAGUGGUCGAACUGCCAGUGACUACAAGAUCCUUAUAGAUGAUAUCAACCACUUUGUGAGUAAAGCUCAGCAUACGAUAUACGGCCGAUCACAGGCUCCCAGCAUAGCGCAUGUCAUGAUUCCGGGUAGACGUAACAAGGAUUUUGCUGGCCGGAAUAUUGAAUUAGAACGACUCGCGAGUCUCAUUCCCCCGAGCAGCUCUGAAAAUCACUGUCCAGUCAACGCUAUCGUUGGUCUAGAUGGAGUCGGCAAGUCAGAGCUGGCGAUGGAGGCUGCGUACAGGCUCCAUGAAAACUACUCUGAUUGCUCUAUGUUCUGGGUAAGAUCUGACAGUGAAGAGAGUUUAAAGGCUGACUAUGAAGGCAUCAUGAAAGCGCUAGGGCUUCCUGUCCAACCGGAUAACGCGGUAAGGGAAGUCAAUCAGGAACUGGACAACAGACCCGGUCCAUGGCUCCUGAUAUUUGACGGUGUUGACGAGAAAGAAACCUUCUUCAAAAAAUGGCUGGACAGCGAGUGGCUGCCCAAAAAUAAAGUUGGCUCCAUUCUUAUAACCACGGGGAAUAGAGGCAUCGCAAGCAAACUCGAGGCGGUAACAGUCGAUCUCUCAUUUAUGAACGACAACGAAGCUCUUGACUUCUUGACGCGCAGGCUCGGUAGUACCCACGCCGGCAUUGAUCCCACAGGUCAAGAUGCGGACACUGUUGAGCUACUACGCCUUUUGGCCGGCCUCCCCUUGGCGAUUGAUCUUGCAACGAAGUACAUUAAUAACACAAUGUGCACCGUCCGAGACUAUGUUGAGUUGUGGCGCAAGCAGGGCGGGAAAAUGAUCCGCAGUCUUUGCGAAUUUCCAUCAGGGCAGCAGCGGCAUAGUUCCGAUGUCAGUAGACGCGCAAUGGCCGCUACAUGGCUGAUCACGCUAGAGAGGAUCCAGCAGAAUACAAAAGCCUCAUUUGAAUGGAUGAAGUUUAUCGCACAGUGCGACCAGAGAAAUAUCCCGAUAUCGAUGAUUGAGAGGGAAACCGGAGUGACGCUGAAUGAUGCAAUUGAAGAAUUGAUGGCAUAUUCCUUCGUGACCAGACCAGAGUACGGGUCACAGUGCAUUGAUGUCCAUCCGCUGGUGCAAUUGGCAAUGAAAAUCUGGCUGUCACAGAGAGGCCAGGGGAAGUCGACGACACUACGCACUAUAGAGCGUCUACAGCUCCCAUUCCCAACCAGUGAAACCCUGGACAAAUGGAAGGAUGAGAUUGGCCAUGUCGAAAGCAUGCUUGAGCAGCACAGCGACGAAAGCAUUGGCUACGUGCAAUCAGUUUGGCGGGUGAUUUAUAUGGCAGGUCAUGCAAGGUAUCUGCUUAAUGACAAGACCAGGGCAACCAUGCUGCAUGGUCGUGCGAUGAGAAUGGAAGCCCUAAACCCUGCCAAUCUUUCUGCAACUGCCGCACGGCUGAGACGCGAGGGGAAGUACCAGGAGGAGGAGAUGCAGUACAACGAAGUGGUGAAGCAGCACAAGGUUAUCUUCGAGAAUGAUCAUCCUAUUGUCACCGAGCAGGAGAAACAUCUUGCAUCCACGCUGCUUAUGCAGGGAAAUACUGAGUCAGCAAUUAAGAUAUACUCGAGGGUGCUUAGCGUGGAAGAGCGCAUGUUGGGGACUGAGCAUCCCUGCACCCUGGCUACGAGAAGAAGCCUCGGUCUUUCCUUGAAAGCCAAUGGAGAUCUGGCGGGGGCAAUUGCUCAUUAUGAAGCUCUCCUUCGCGUGGAGAAAGAGACAUUAGAGAAUAUAAGCGCAGCAGCCAUUAGCAGCAUGGAUGAGCUCGCCAUUCUGUACCAACAACAGGCGCAGUAUACCCAAAGUGAAUCGCUGCUGAGGCGGAUAGUUCGGCGAAAAAAUGGGAUAUAUGGCGAGCACCAUCCCUCGACCCGGGCGAGUAAGAGACUGUUGACGCUGGCGCAGGAACGGCGCUACAGCCUCUCAAAGGAUGCUGGCACUGCGCCACGUACCGAUGAUAUGCGUUGA